AUGGCACAGGAUGAAACGACUAGUGAACAACAAGUGUUUGAAAAACAACCAAUUGGGCAUGUCAGCGUUUCUUACACUGAUCCGAAUACUGCUCAAUUAAUAACAACAACUCCAGUCUCCUUCUAUCUGAUCCGAGCACGUAAUUUGCCAGUCGAACUCCUUCGAGGAAAUUAUCAACUCGAUCGUCAAAGAAACCGAAUAGAAACAAUCGAUGCACUUGAAAGAGCAAUGGCCGAGCGUAAUUACGAACAAUCACGUUCAAUUCUCUCAGCUCAAGUAGAAAAGAUUAAAGUCAGUGCAUCCGCACAAGAUCCAUUUUGUCAGGAGUUGAUCCAAGACCUUGAACAUUCAUUUCCAUCGGAACAAGAGUAUCGUGCGACACAUCACAAUGUCUCCAGGUCUCAUCAAACCGAACGAGGCACUUAUUCAACAACGGCAACUUCCAGUUCACGACAUUACCAUAGUCGUCUUCAACGAGAAUUAACCGAGCGCUAUAAGAGAAUUCCAUUAAGACCCGGUGAUGGUAUUUGUGCAUUAGCGACAUGGACUCAAAAUGCUACCACUGUAGCUGGUGGAAAUGGUCAAGGUUCUGAUCUCAAUCAGUUAGAUAUUCCUUAUGGAUUCUUUGUUGAUGAUAACCAAAGUAUUUAUGUAGCGGAUUUUAACAACCAUCGCGUAGUCAAAUGGGAUCGUGGAGUUUCUAGUGGUCAAAUAGUCGCAGGCGGCAAAGGACACGGACUUGAUAAUGAUCAAUUAGAUUCUCCAAUGGAUGUAUUCGUCGAUAAGCAUGGAACGAUGUACAUCAGUGACAGAAACAAUGAUCGUGUUCAACGAUGGUCUCGAGGUGCUCAAAGUGGAGAAACAAUUAUUAGAGAUAUCUUUCCUAUUGGCAUAGUGCAGGAUGAUCAAGGCUCACUCUAUGUAUCUGAUGAUAUAAAGCAUGAAGUGAGAAAAUGGCAUGUUGGUGACACAAUUGGACAGCUGGUCACUUCGGAAGUUUUUGAUCCAGGUUUACUGUUCGUUGAUCGAAAUCUAGCUCUCUACGUGGCCGACAAAGGUAAUCAUAGAGUGAUAAAAGUGGAUGAUGGCACAACACAAAUAUCAAUUGUUGCUGGUGGAUCUCAAAGUGACGGCGCGGACCAAUUAGGAUAUCCAGACAGUGUUAUUGUGGAUGAGCUAGGUACUGUCUAUGUGACUGAUACUGAUCACGAUCGAAUAGUACGAUGGCCACGUGGAGCUACAUCUGGCAGCGUUAUCGCUGGUGGUCAUGGAGAAGGUUCUCAAUCUGAUCAACUUUCGAGUCCCACUGAUUUAGCAUUUGAUCUUGAUGGAAAUCUCUAUGUAGUCGAUUCUAAGAAUUUUCGCGUACAAAAGUUUGCCAUUGCUAAGAAUUUGUGCUGA